AUGAUGACUCUCAAAUACAGCUGCUUGGCCUUGACGGUCCUGGUCUUGCUGAGCUCAGUUAUUGCUCAAGACCAUGGGCAGGAUGAGGAAUCAGAAGGACCUACUCUAACCGGACAGCAAAUGUUUGAGAUGAAGAUGAUGGAGAAGGUGCAGGAGAUCCAGGCCCUUGAGAAGAUGGAGGAAAUGAAGCAGAUGGAGCUGACGGGUCUGCAGGAGAUAGAGGCAAUGGAGGAUAUGGCGCUGAUGGUGAUUACUGAGAAAAUGACGGGCCCAGGAUCCCCAAAUGAAGAACUGCCAAUGCCUAAUUUGGCUGUUGUAUAA